AUGGAACAAACGGAUGUGACAUUGAAGCUUCUGAUUGACAAGAAAACAGAAAGAGUUCUUUACGGUGAAGCAGACAAGAAGUUCAUAGACUUUCUUGUCAAUGUACUUUCCCUCCCACUUGGGGGUGUAAUUAGGCUGUUGAAAAAGGAUGGCAUGGUGGGGUGUUUGGGAAAUCUGUACGAAAGUGUAGAAACGUUGAACAAUUCCUAUUUGCAGCCAAAUCAAAGCAGAGAUAUAGUCCUAAAACCAAAAAUCGUAUUCAAUUCUUUCACCAAACUUAUGCCUAAUGUUGAUGUCGUCCCUGCUGCAGCAACACCGCCUGCUAUAUUUUAUUGCGUCACUGGAUCAUAUUGCCGUGGUUAUGUUUCUUAUUCUUGUAGUGCAUUUUGUCCGAGUUGUAGCAAAAACUUGAGUCAAGCUUGUCGAUAUGUGACGCCUCCAAAAGCAGGAAAUCAGCCAGCUCCUGAUCGGGGCUUUGUUAAGGAUUUGGCCACUUACAUAGUCACGGAUGACCUCACUGUCAAGCACAUUUCUGAUUUCUCCAUUACAACUCUUUUGAAGAAGUUCAAUAUCAAAGAUGUGGAUUCUUUGGAGGAGAAAGUCAUCACUUUGGAUGUUAAUGAGGGUGUGGAAUUGCUAGAGGCUUCUUUGCAGUCGAAGACAGUUCUAACAAAUGCGUUUCUGAAAAGACGAAGAUCACACAUUGACAAUGAUGUUAAGCUUUCUGGAUCUCUGAGCCCUUCUGUUUAA